GCCGCUCAUACUAUUGCCGCUUCAGUAGGAGGAGACGGCUGAGCUCGGCUCGUCGUCCCAGCGAGGUGUGUUAAUACACGGCCGACGUGACCCCGUCAUUCCGAUGUCCUUGAGUGCCGGCACCGUAAAGUGCCAUGUUGCGACUGCCGCUGAGCCAGGCCCUUUUGGGACUGGCCCGCCAUCCCAGAGCCCCCAUCCCCACCAAGAGCCAUGCUCGCACCACAGCAACAGCAGCCAGCAACUUGAUUGAGGUGUUUGUGGACGGACAGCCUGUCAUGGUGGAGCCGGGAACCACAGUGCUGCAGGCCUGUGAGAAAUUAGGAGUGCAGAUCCCUCGCUUCUGCUACCACGAGAGACUCUCGGUUGCUGGCAACUGUCGGAUGUGUCUGGUGGAAGUGGAGAAGGCGGCCAAGCCAGUAGCUGCUUGUGCCAUGCCGGUGAUGAAGGGCUGGAACAUCCUGACAAAUUCUGAGAAAACUAGGAAGGCCAGGGAGGGAGUGAUGGAGUUCCUGCUAGCCAACCACCCGCUGGACUGUCCAAUCUGUGACCAGGGAGGGGAGUGUGACCUGCAGGACCAGUCUAUGAUGUUUGGAAGUGACCGGAGUCGACUGACGGACAGCAAGAGAGCGGUGGAAGACAAAAACAUCGGGCCUCUCAUCAAAACCAUCAUGACGCGCUGCAUUCAGUGCACACGUUGCAUCCGAUUUGCCAGUGAGGUGGCUGGAGUGGAUGACCUUGGCACAACCGGCCGCGGCAAUGAAAUGCAAGUGGGCACCUACGUGGAGAAGAUGUUUAUGUCCGAGCUCUCUGGAAACGUCAUUGACAUUUGCCCGGUGGGAGCACUCACUUCCAAGCCCUACGCCUUCACAGCUCGGCCUUGGGAAACGAGAAAGACCGAGUCCAUCGAUGUGCUAGACGCAGUUGGCAGUAACAUCGUGGUAAGCACUCGAGGGGGAGAAGUGAUGAGGAUCUUGCCCCGGCUGAAUGAGGAUGUCAACGAGGAGUGGAUUUCCGAUAAAACCAGGUUUGCCUACGACGGGUUGAAACGCCAGCGCCUGACGCAGCCCUUGGUGAAGAACGCCUCGGGGCAACUGGUGCCAACCUCCUGGGAGAAUGCUCUGUUGCAAGUGGCCCAAGUGCUGCAGGAUGUCCAGGGUCACAAUGUAGCGGCCAUCGUGGGAGGACUGGUGGACGCCGAGGCCUUGGUGGCCCUGAAGGAUUUGCUCAACAGGUUGGACAGUGACAGUCUCUGCACAGAGGAGGUGUUCCCCAUGGCAGGAGCUGGCACCGACCUUCGCUCCAACUACUUGCUGAACACCAGGAUUGCUGGGGUGGAGGAGGCUGACCUCCUGCUGCUUGUCGGCACCAAUCCACGAUUUGAGGCCCCCCUCUUCAAUGCAAGGAUUCGAAAGAGCUGGCUGCAUAACGAACUGCAGGUGGCACUCAUUGGCAGCCCAGUGGACUUGAGCUACACGUACAACCAUCUUGGAGAGUCCACCCAAGUGCUGCAGGAAAUCGCCUCUGGACGUCACCCGUUCUGCCAGGUCUUGAAGCAGGCUAAGAAGCCCAUGGUUGUGGUGGGGAGCGCGUCCUUCCAGAGAGAUGAUGCCACCGCGAUUCUUGCCGCAGUAUCCACCAUUGCACAGAAUGCCAAAGCCAGCAGUGGGGUGGAGGACAGCUGGAAAGUUCUAAAUGUGCUUCACAGGGUUGCAAGUCAGGUGGCAGCGCUUGACCUGGGAUACAAGGCUGGCAUUGAGGCAAUCCGAAAGAAUCCUCCUAAAGUCCUCUUCCUCCUUGGAGCGGACGGCGGCUGUGUCACCCGACAGGACCUGCCCAAGGACUGCUUUGUCAUAUACCAGGGUCAUCACGGGGAUGCUGGAGCCCCGAUGGCAGAUGUUGUGCUUCCUGGUGCGGCCUACACAGAAAAGAACGGAACGUACGUCAACACUGAGGGGCGAGCUCAGCAGACGAGGUUGGCAGUCACACCCCCCGGCAUUGCCCGAGAUGACUGGAAGAUCAUCAGGGCCAUCUCUGAGGUGGCAGGCGUCCUCCUUCCUUAUGACACCCUGGAAGACGUCCGGAAUCGGUUGGCAGAGGUGUCUCCAAACCUGGUCCGCUACAAUGAUGUUGAAAACUGCAACUACUUCAAACAGGCCUUAGAGCUGUCCCAGAGCGUUAAUCAGAAACUGCUUCCCAGCCCUCUGGUCCCAACACAGCUGACGAUCAGGGACUUCUUCAUGACAGACCCAAUCAGCAGAGCCUCGCAGACGAUGGCCAAGUGUGUGAAGGCGGCGACGGAGGGAGCCCAGGCGGUGGAGGAGCCGUCCAUCUGCUGACGUGGCCUGAGGUGUGUGCCCGUGUGAUGGUGGCAGGCCAGUCGGCUCGCUCUGUCCGUCCAGAUUACCCGUUGUGAGUGCUGGCAUAAUAAACUUAUUCUGGAAA